AUGAGUCAGUCUCACAUCGGAAAGAAGCGAAAGCGGGAUGACGCCCCAUCGCGAAAUCAGGGUCGCAAGCGCAGAACAAUCCGAAGUGGCGAAAGUAGCUCGUUGGAUGUUGAACAGCUAGAGAAAAGAAUUGCCAAAGAUCCGUCAAACAAUCACAAUGAUGUUGAGACUCUGCUUCAAAUGCUCGACCUUGCUAAUCCGGAUGCGAAAUUGAAUCUGAGAGCUGGAGUAGCACUGUGCAAAGUCUUUUCCAGGCUUAUCGCGUCUGGCCAUCUCAACCAAGACAAUCAGGGGAACAACCAGAGUCAAGAAUUGUCUGCUUGGUAUGCCGAGCAGUAUAGGAAAUAUCGCAUCACUCUUGCCAGGUUGUUGAGGUCGGUCUCGGCAGCUCAGCGGUUAUCGCUUGUACACCUUUGCUGGAAGGUCUUGGAACAAGAUGCCGAAUUUCUGGGCAACAAAGUUUGGGUCUCAGAGAGCAUGUUCAAACCAUUCUUGUCAGCGGUAGUUGACAUUCCUGGCGGCACAGAUGUCAGAGAGACUUAUGUUGACGAGUACAUGAAUCAAUGUCAUGAUUGCUGCUAUCACUCUUUAGAAUACUUCUCGACACAUGUUGCUACAAGUCAGGAUGGGAAUGUAUUGGAGAAUGUAAUCGAGAUACUCUCGGUGCUUGAUCCGCCUCCUGCAUCUGCUGAAGACCUAAACUUCUUGGCUGAACCGCCCACCAAAGGUUCGAAGAAACCAUUAAUAACUCCUGCAUCUCUCAAGCGGCGCGCAGAAGAAGCAUGGUUGUCAGUACUACGAUCACCACAUCUCACUACAGGGCUUCGAAAGUCACUCCUCCGCAUCACGACCGCAAGGAUACUUCCAUGGAUGUCCCGUCCUGAGACCUUGAUGGAUUUCCUUACCGAUAGCUACGACGUCGGAGGCAGCACGUCCUUACUCGCCCUCUCAGGACUAUUCCAUCUCAUCACCACGAAGAAUCUUGACUAUCCCUCCUUCUUCCCAAAGCUAUAUUCCCUUAUCGACGCCGACCUCCUCCAUAGUAAGCACCGCUCUCGAUUCCUCCGCCUCCUCAAUACCUUCCUAUCCUCCACCCGUCUUCCCGCCACUCUAAUCGCUUCCUUUAUCAAACGCCUCUCCCGACGAGCCCUCUUCGCACCACCAGCCGCAAUAGUAGCAAUUAUCCCUUACAUCUACAACCUCCUCAAAUCCCACCCCACCACCACCUUCAUGAUCCACCGUCCACCCCACCCACCGUACACCAAAUCCACAGAAAACCUUGGAGAAGACCCUUUCGACAUGAAGCAACCCGAUCCGCAGAAAACCGGAGCUAUCGAUUCUUCACUGUGGGAGCUCGAAACUCUGCAAUCACACUACCAUCCAAGUGUGGCGAGUCUGGCGAGGAUCAUCUCUGAACAGUUUACCAAACAGCAGUACAAUAUCGAGGAUUUCCUGGAUCACGGGUACGGGAGUAUGCUGGGUAGUGAGUUGGUGAAGGAGGCCAAAAAGGAACCGGUGGUGGAGUGGAAAAUUCCAAAAAGGAUCUUUACGAGGGCGAAGGUUGGCGAGGAAGGUGAAGAAGGGGAAGGAAAUCUGAUUACUAAAUUGUGGGACUUUGGCUGA